UUUGACCUCCUGACCCGGAUAGCGAGGCAAGCGGCCAGCAAUGGCGUGUUACCCCAAAAGACGCGGGCUUUCUUCUCGCUUCUCCCGUUGAGGACGACGACAACAAGGAGACAACCGCCCACAGACACUGUAUCCACCCCGGGGAGUCGCCGCUGGGUGACAGGUGACAGGUGGAGGUCUGGCAUCGCAGUGUAAAUGAAAGCUGAGUUGUUCAUGGUGAUGGUCGUUAGAGGUGCUGGCGAGCUCUUCUGUCACAGACACAACGAUUCCUAACUCAAGACUGAAACCUUCGGGGUCGACAUCUGCUACACACCAUUCUGCGUUUGUGGGUCCAGCAUGGACGACAUCCUCCCCGCACGAUGUCUGCUCACCGGCCUGCACAUCAGCAUGGCGCUGGCAGCCGGCGUUUCCUUGGUAACGCUACUGGUGCAGUGGACGCAGUCCUUGGACUGUCUGCCGCCUGUCAUCGACGUGUACGGCGACCCCGUCAGUGUGACAAAUGUUCUGUCUGGCGCGUGUGACAUUAUGACCUAUGGGACGGGCAUCAUUUGUGGCCUGAACUUCUUGCAGGCUCUUUUCAUCAACUGUUGUUGGAGGUCACUAGGGUGUGCAUUCACCCAGCAGAUGCUGACGGCCCUCACCUGCCUGUUCUGUAGUUGCUGUGGCGCUGCUCUCACCAUCGACUUCCUGUUGUGGUGCAAUCUGCUGAACAGCUCCCUGCAGCUUCACGGCAUGUUCUACGACAGCUGUUCAGAAACAGCCGAGAAGUAUGACUCACAUCACUUUUCCUCCAACAUGACCGCCUACUACCGGAAACUGGAAAUACAGCAGGCGUGUCACUGGGCAAUAGUUCCUCUCGGUUUCAUCACUAUCGUCGUGUACACUUUCGUCAUGUGCCGCUUCACCCUGUCUAACCAGGACGGCCCCAGUCGACCUGUCGGCCACUACUACCUGCUGCGGUCUGAGGAGUUAUCUCCCUUGAUACCUUCCGACAGCAUGCAGGUGUCGUCUCACGCCCCCAUUCGAUCUAUCAGCUGCGCGUCACGUGACGUGCCGUUUGGUGACGUCCCGACUGAUCGACCUGUCUCAGCCCUCGGCGCAUCUUCUCCCCUUCUCUCAGCAGGCACCGCCAGCAACUACGCGGCUUGAGUCGGAAUAUUUACUGUGCUAUGACACACAAGUGACACUGUCACACACAAGUGACACUGUCACACAACUGACACUGUCACACAGCUGACACUGUCACACACAGCUGUCACGAUACCUUCCUGAUGCGAGUUUCUGUCUCUCGUUUUGAAUCCCACAGAACGGGUGUUGAGAAGAGGGAGGAUUGUUUACCAAUAUUUGUGUGACAAUCACGAAUGAGGAGCGCAGUUUGAUUGGCUGAUGAUUUAGUCUCCAUGUUUUGUCAUCUCUGUCGGCACAGGAAUAACAAUGACAUUAAUGUAAGUACGAAGUACGAUUGCCUUCUAAAGGUCUCCAAGAAGGGCCCUUAAUUGCUAUGCCAUGUCUGGUAAAAAUGAUAAUAAUGAUGAUAAUCUUUGUGAUGAUACUGAUAAGGAUGAUGAUUAAAAAUAACACAACAGUUAUUAUUAAAAAAUGUUGUAUUCUUUAAUCAACUCUAAAUUGAACUCUAAAGUCAAUCAACACAUCCACAAAGGUGGUUUCUAGACUUCUUACUUUUCUUUUUGACUAUAAUUUUUUUUUAACAAUUUAAUGAAUGAAUGAAUUCUACCUGGUGUACUGGCGUGGAGAACAGUCCGCAGUGUCUUGCUGUUAUGAGUUCUCACUACAUGAUUCUUAUGAAUUAAUCCCAUGGAAACUGACUUUAACAUUAUUUUGCAAGAGUUUUGCCAUGAUGCUUUUUGUUGUGUUAAACUUUGCUUUCAUCUGAUUGGUCACAGAUAAGGUUUACUGUACAGACAUACAAUGUAAACACUGGAAACAAAUAAUGAUCAACGGUUCUGGCUUUACGGUGUGCACUUGUGACAAAUAAUGUGCGAUAAUCUAAAACACAAAUAUAUAUAUAUGUAAUUCAAACAUGCUUCUUAAACAACACUGAUAUUUUAAACCACAACAGGAUAGUGAACAUUACAUAUAUAGUACACAGCACAGACAUACUAUUACACACUCCAUGACAGUUUGCUGACGUAAGCGGGAAAAUAUCGACAACUUUAGAAGUAAGAAAGUUUACACUGUUUUGAAAAAAAAAAUCAGUGUGGGCUCAUUGAAAACAAUGUAUGUACAGAAUUGUUAAAAUAAAGGUCAAUAAAGCAAUUCUAAAAGCA